AUGUUCAAGGUCAUCGUUCUAGCAUGCUGUCUGGUGUCCAUCGCCUUGGCCGGAUACGAACAGUCCCACGGAUGGGACUGGGACGCCAAGUACAAGUUCGAGUACGGCGUCAAGGAUCCGCACACCGGAGACCACAAGAGCCAGUGGGAGAUCAGCGAUGGCAAGCACGGCCUCAAGGGAGGUUACACGCUGGAUGAGGCCGAUGGCACUAAACGGGUCGUCCAGUACAAGGCCGACAAGUGGAACGGGUUCCAGGCGAUCGUGAAGCGAAUUGGCCACGCCGUGCACCCCCAAACGUACGCGGCCCCGUUUGUGGUUAAGGAGCAGGACUCGCAUAAUGGAAAUGGAUACCAGAAGCAGCAACAGCAGCAGCAAUUGGGUCAGGAUAGCUACGGGCAAUCGUUCAACGGAGUUGGCUUCUGGAAGCAACCUCAGCAGCAGCAGAAUGGUUGGGUCGACCAGCAGCCCGCCAGCUCCAGCAACAUUAUUAAUGGUAAUAAUGGGUGGAAAAACGAAGGCAACAUGUUUGCCACCAGCUAUGCCAACCAGAAAUCUUUAAUGAUGGUGCUGGUACAAAUUGGCGUAGCUUUCGGCAUGUCCGUGACCGUGGUGUUCCUCACCACCCCCAAAAUGAUGACCUCCCUCCUCGUGGUGUCCAUAGACCUGGGGAUGCGACGCAUGACCCACUCGCUUCACGUGGGCCUGGAAUCCGUGGUGCUUGUCCGAGCUGUACUCCACAAUCCGCUUGGUUCCGUCAGCUUCGUAGAAGCUUCCCAGCUCAUUCGGUCAAGUAUCAGUUUAAGUUCUUGCAGCUCACGGAACACACUAGUUACCAUCAAUCAACACAAUAUGAGCAAAUUCGUCAUUCUACUUGCCCUAGUAGCCGUCGCAGCCGCGGAGUACCACGAAGAGCACUACGCCCACCCCAAGUACAAAUUCGAGUACGGAGUUAAGGACCACAAAACGGGAGACAACAAGGACCAGUGGGAGCAUCGCGAUGGAGACGUGGUCAAGGGACAGUACAGCUUUUACGAGGCCGACGGAACCAAGCGGAUUGUGGAGUACAGCUCGGACAAGCACCACGGAUUCCAGGCCCACGUGAAGCGAGUGGGCCAUGCGUCGCAUCCCCAGGUCUAUGGACACCACGAAGAGGGAGGUCAUCAUUUCGGGGGUGGUGAGGAACACCACGGUCACGGACAUGCCGAAAGCUACGCCAAUUUGUAUCAGCAUCAUCACUAGGAUGAUUGCGUCGUGGAGAAAGACUGUCUGAUUGAAUAAAUUAAUAUGAAUGACAUAA